GUCACGCCGAUUCCAUGGAGCGCCAACGACACCCAUAUAAUCCGGCACGGCGGCACGCCAAAGCCUCAAAGCGUCGAUCGAACACGGCAGAGGAACUGCGCAUCAUGAUCCGGAGCUCGCCGGCGUCGCCGGUCAAGCCGCAGCAAUGGACGGUGUGCCGGAGCUGCGCGGCGGCGGCGUCCCCGCCACCGGUGGUCGCCGUCGCACGGAGGACGGUUGCCUCCGCCCCUCUCCGCGCCCUGACCGCCGAGUCCGCGGAGACGCCUCCUGUGCCUGAGCCUCCGGCAUUGUUCGACGACGACGAUGAGAAGACGAUGCUCGCCAGCUACGUCCCGGUCUACGUCAUGCUCCCACUGGAGGUGGUGAGCACCGAGAACGAGCUGGCGGACGCGGAGGGGCUCCGGGCACGGCUGCGGCGGCUGCGGGGCGCCGGCGUCGACGGCGUCAUGGUGGACGUGUGGUGGGGCAUCGUGGAGGGCGCCGGCCCGGCGCUUUACGAGUGGCGCGCGUACCGGGAGCUGUUCCGGGUCGUGCAGGCCGAGGGGCUCAAGCUGCAGGCCAUCAUGUCCUUCCACGCGUGCGGCGGCAACGUCGGCGACGCCAUCACCAUCCCGAUCCCGCGCUGGGUGCGGGAGGUCGGCGAGGCCGACCCCGACGUGUUCUACACGAGCCCCAGCGGGGCGAGGAACCAGGAGUACCUCACCAUCGGCGUCGACGACAAGCCCCUGUUCCAUGGCAGGACGGCCAUCCAGUUGUACGCCGAUUUCAUGAGGAGCUUCAGGGAGAACAUGGCGGACUUCCUAGACUCCGGCCUGAUCGUGGACAUCGAGGUCGGGCUCGGCCCUGCCGGAGAGCUGAGGUACCCGUCCUACGCGGAGACCCAGGGCUGGGUGUUCCCCGGCAUCGGGCAGUUCCAGUGCUACGACAAGUACCUGGCGGCGGAGUUCAAGGCGGCCGCAGCGGAGGCCGGGCACCCCGAGUGGGAUCUGCCCCGCGACGCCGGGGAGGUCAACGACACGCCGGAGGACACGGGGUUCUUCGCUGCGGAGGGAGGGACCUACCUCACCGAGCAGGGGAGGUUCUUCCUGACGUGGUACUCCAGCAGGCUGAUCGAGCACGGCGACAGGGUCCUCGACGAGGCCAACAGGGCCUUCCUGGGGUGCCCGGUGAAGCUCGCCGCGAAGGUGUCCGGGAUCCACUGGUGGUACAGGCACCCGAGCCACGCCGCGGAGCUCGCCGCCGGGUACUACAACCUGGGCGGCCGCGACGGGUACCGGCCGAUCGCGCGCGUGCUGGCGCGGCACGACGGCGCCGUCCUCAACUUCACGUGCGCGGAGAUGCGGGACUCGGAGCAGCCCGCGGAGGCCCUGAGCUCGCCGGAGCGGCUGGUGCGGCAGGCGCUGAGCGCCGGGUGGAGGGAGGGGGCCGAGGUGGCGUGCGAGAACGCGCUGAGCCGGUACGACCGGUCUGGGUACAACCAGAUGCUCCUGAGCGCGCGGCCCAACGGCGCCGGCGCGCCGCCGCGCCGCAGGGUGGCGGCGGUGACGUACCUGCGGCUGUCGGACGAGCUCCUGGCGGGCAACAACUUCCGGGUCUUCAGGACCUUUGUCAGGAAGAUGCACGCCUGCCUGGAUUACUGCCCCGAUCCGGCCCGGUACGGGCGGCCCAUGAGGCCGCUGGAGCGGUCGGCGCCGGAGAUCCCCAUGGAGCGGCUGCUGGAGGCCACCGCGCCGGCGCCGGCGUUCCCGUUCGACGCGGAGACCGACAUGAGCGUCGGCGGCGGGCUCGCGGAGGCCAUCGACUGGGUGAUCGACAAGAUCGAGUGGAUACUCGGGUAGGAUCAGAUCAAGCUCAGGCAGCCAGAAUACCCCUCUCUCCUCGUGAUCAUCUCGUCAGCAACGUUGGGCUAGCUCGUUCAGCUUCGACGGCAUGACCGCAUGACACCGCGGGUGAUGACGCGCGAGCAGAUAGGACGGAGCCUGUAUCUAGCCGAGAUGCACACGCGUUCCUUCCUGCCCGGAGCACCGGAACAACGGCAAUGCCGAUCAGAAUUGUGUUCUUCCAAAGAGGAAGGAUCUAAUAAGGGUUAGAACAUGGGUGUCAGGUGCAUCCACCACGAGACCACGAUGCGUGUAUAGGGAAGCUCGUACGCGCGCACAGUGCCAGUGCCGCCUCAUCCACGACAGCUAGUACAUUGUGCAAUUGUGCCUGAAGCUUUCCCAUUGAUUAUUCCAGCACGA